CUUGCACCCCGGAAGUGACUGCUGCAACUGCGCUAGCAGAAUGACCGAGGGUGUACGGGUGGUGGGGGGAGGUGGAGGGGCUGGGGUGGAGCAGGAAGUUUCGUGGCUGGAAGAGGAAGCGGUAAGAAGGGUUCUGCAGAGAUAAGACUUUGGAAGAGGGCCUGUAGGGUGGCAGUCUCUGGCUCUAUUUGUCGAAGGGAGUGGGUCUCAAAACCGCCCUGUAACUAUUAUCUGUCUUGGGACACAUAAAAACCACUUGCCAUCCAGUUGAUUCUGACUCAUGGCGAACCCCAUGUGUGUCAGAGUAGAGCUGCGCUCCAUAGAGUUUUCAAUGGCUUGUUUUUUGGAAGUGGAUCACUAGGCCUUUCUUCUGAGGCAGCUCUGGGUGGAGUCAAACCACCAACCUUUCGAUUAGCAGCCAAGCGCAUUAACUAGUUGCUUCACCCAGGGACUCCAUCUUGGGCUUCACAGCAUCCCAAAAAACGUGGCCUGACGUAUAUUUGCUCUUGGCUCCAUUUCUCAGAGGAGCAAAAUCAAGGCCCAGAGAAUUGAAGUGGGCUGCCCAAGCUCCAGAGCCGCGGUGUUUCCCAAUGCAGCCCAUGUCUCUUCCAUAUACAUUAAAUUAUCUCAUUUCAUUCUCAGGACAACCCAGUAAGGGGCAUUGAGGUUGAGUGAAUUCACCUCAGUCUGACAGUCAAAGUGAUCGAGCCAGAGUUCAAACCCUAUCUUAAUCAGCUCAAGCUCUGCUUUCCUGAGUAUGCUUUUCCUGACUACCCACCUCCCCAGUUAGGUCUCUUCCUCUGGACCCUCGCUGCACCCUGUAGCCCAUUUUGUCACAGCACUUAUCACAAUGCAGAGCUAUGAUUGAUUUCCAUUUCUGUUGCAAGACUGCCAGCAGCUUGAGAGCAAUGGCCAUUUCUGAUUCAUCUUGUUAGCUACAGCCCCUAAUACAGGACACAGCACAUAUUAGGUGGUGAUAAAUAUUUGUUGAUUGAGUUAAAGAACAAAGGACAAUAGCCAGAGCAUCAACUGGUUCAUGGCUUAUUUUUGAGAGCAUAAAAAUAGAAAUUAUAGGCAUAGCCAAUGUCCAGGAAGAAGCAUAACUGCAUCCUUAGGUUCCUUGUUCAGAUUUGCAGCAUCACUAUUUUUCCCCAUUAUUCCACAGUUUUAGAGCUACCAUCCUCAAUGGAUGCAGAAAGGACCCUGUGAAUGCAUUUCCUCCGUGAGGACUUCAAGGUUGCCUCUCAGUUGCCGUCAGAAAAUAGCUCUGCAAUUUAAAUAUUUUGGUGCCUUGAGCUUUUUCAUGCUUUGGGAGUGACUGAAUCCCAGGAGUGGUACAACUAGGACAAAGAGAACGAAUAUUCGUAUUGCUCUUGUUGCAUCUUGACAAGUUGCUUUCCAGUAGGGGAUUGUGCCCAUUUACACUGAAGACCAAUCUGAAACUCAUCCCUAGGGAAAUCCAGAUCUUGCCUGUCUCCAUUGCUGGUUUUAAUUUCCUUGUCCUGAGGUGGCUUGUUAAUAUUAGUUCUGACCUUUGGGGCAAGGUGAACAUAUGGUUGGCCUGAAGAGAAAAGGCUCUGGGUGGCUCAGGAACUUUUUUGGCAACCACAACAGCUGAUAUUUCAACAGAGCACACCCCGUCCCCUUACCAAGGGUGCUUCCUCAGCCUUCCCAGGGAACCAACAAAGCCUCCAGGCUCCCUCUUUGAUGCCACGCACUGGACCUGCUUUGGGGGUCUGUAAAUGCAAGAAAGCCCAGCGUUGGAUAAUUAGCAAUGGAAGAAAAAACUUCUAAGAGAACAGCAUCCAUCCCACAGUUUACCAAUUCCCCCACGAUGGUGAUCAUGGUGGGUUUACCAGCUCGAGGAAAGACCUACAUCUCCACGAAGCUCACAAGAUAUCUCAACUGGAUAGGAACACCAACUAAAGUGUUUAAUUUAGGCCAGUAUCGAAGAGAAGCAGUGAGCUACAGGAACUAUGAAUUCUUUCUCCCAGACAACAUGGAGGCCCAAUUAAUCAGGAAGCAGUGUGCCCUGGCAGCCCUGAAGGAUGUCCAUGACUAUCUCAGCCAUGAGGAAGGCCAUGUUGCGGUUUUUGACGCCACCAACACUACCAGAGAACGGCGGUCACUGAUUCUUCAGUUUGCUAAAGAACAUGGUUACAAGGUAUUUUUCAUUGAGUCCAUCUGUAAUGACCCUGGCAUCAUUGCAGAAAACAUCAAGCAAGUGAAACUCGGCAGUCCUGAUUAUAUAGACUGUGACCGGGAAAAGGUUCUGGAAGACUUUCUAAAGAGGAUCGAGUGCUAUGAGGUCAACUACCAGCCUUUGGAUGAAGAACUGGACAGACACCUGUCCUACAUCAAGAUCUUUGAUGUGGGCACCCGCUACAUGGUGAACCGAGUACAGGACCACAUCCAGAGUCGCACGGUCUACUACCUCAUGAACAUCCACGUCACACCCCGCUCCAUCUACCUUUGCCGGCAUGGUGAGAGUGAACUCAACCUCAGAGGCCGCAUUGGAGGUGACUCUGGCCUCUCAGCUCGGGGGAAGCAGUAUGCUUAUGCCCUAGCCAACUUCAUUCAGUCCCAGGGCAUCAGCUCCUUGAAGGUGUGGACCAGUCACAUGAAGAGGACCAUCCAGACAGCUGAAGCCCUGGGUGUCCCCUAUGAGCAGUGGAAGGCACUGAACGAGAUUGAUGCGGGUGUCUGUGAGGAGAUGACCUAUGAGGAAAUCCAGAAACACUACCCUGAAGAGUUUGCACUACGGGACCAAGAUAAAUACCACUAUCGCUACCCCAAAGGAGAGUCCUAUGAGGAUCUGGUUCAGCGACUGGAGCCAGUUAUAAUGGAACUAGAGCGACAGGAGAAUGUACUGGUGAUCUGCCACCAGGCUGUCAUGCGGUGCCUCCUGGCUUACUUCCUGGAUAAGAGCUCAGAUGAGCUGCCCUAUCUCAAGUGCCCUCUGCACACAGUGCUCAAACUUACACCUGUGGCUUAUGGCUGCAAAGUGGAGUCCAUCUACCUGAAUGUGGAGGCAGUGAACACACAUCGGGAGAAGCCUGAGAAUGUGGACAUCACCCGAGAACCUGAGGAAGCUCUGGACACUGUUCCUGCCCACUACUGAGCACUCUCCAGGAGGCCAAACUGCCUCUCCUUACUGUUUUCCCACCUGGAGGAGCUUCUAUUCCUGCUCCUGUCCUAUCAUGAGAAGACUAUGGCCUUGGUCUCAUUGGGAGAGCCCUGCCUCCAGUGAAGAAAUUCUCAGCAAGCUCCAAAACAGGUCUUGAUUACUGACUAUAACUGAGGAGCUGUCUAAGUCUGGAUGAAGCUUAGUUUUUUUCUUCUAAAUUCCUAUUCUCUGACAAAUAAAGUCAUCUCUUACUGCUUACAGGAAGGGCGAAGAGGUGAUUGUAAGGCUUCUCCUUUUGUCCUUAAGAUCCUUACACUGUGAAGUGGCUCUGGUGCUGUGGCAGUGGGGAAUGGAUGAGGGCUUCCUGGAGAGAAGGGUUCUGGGGCAGCACCUCCAAAGAUGGGAGAGGAGAUAGAUCCCUGUGAGUGCCUGUGGGUCUUGUUCCUUGAUGAGCAGUGUGACUGGGUACGUGACACCUUCAUCCUGCAUUUAGAGAAGAAUCUAGCAUUUGAACCACAGUACUCCUUUCUACUCCAACUCUUGCUGCCUCCUGAGUGGUUUCACUGUCCGCAUGAACAAAGCAAUGAAUACCUUGGCUUCCCAGGCCCCUGAUCCCCUCAGUGCCAGUGAUCGUCUCCUCCCCGUCAGCAGCCACACCAUGGAUCUUGGCAUCAUUUAGACUUCUCCUCACCCUAACUUCUUAAACCCCCACAUGUCUGUCAGUUUGUCGUAUUGUGGGGGAUUGCCUGUUGCUGUGAUGCUGGAAGAUAUGCCACCAGUAUUCAGAUAACAGCAGGGUCACCCAUGGAGGACAGGUUUCAGGUGAGCUUCCAGACUAAGACAGACCAGGAAGAAGGACCUAGCAGUCUACUUCUGAAAAGAAUUAGCCAGUGGAAACCUUAUGAAUAGCAGCUGAACAUUGUCUGACAUAGUGCCGGAAGAUGAGUCCCCCAGGCUGGAACGUACUCAAAAAAUGACUAGGGAAGAGCUGCCUCCUCAAAGUAGAGUAGACCUUAAUGACGUGGAUGGAGUAAAGCUGUCAGGCCCUUCAUUUGCUGAUGAGGCAUGACUCAAAAUGAGAAGAAACAGCUGCAAACAUCCAUUAAUAAUUGGAACCUGGAAUACACAAAAUAUGAAUCCAGGAAAAUUGAAAAUCAUCAAAAAUGUAAUGGAGCUCAUAAACAUCAAUAUCCUAGGCAUUAGUGAACUGAAAUGGACUGGUAUGGGCCAUUUUGAAUUGGACAAUUAUAUAGUCUACUAUGUUGGGAAUGACAACUUGAAGAAGAAUGGUGUUGCAUUCAUUGUCAAAAAGAACAUUUCAAGAUCUAUCCUGAAGUACAACACUGUCAGUGAUAGGAUAAUAUCCAUACCCCUACAAGGACGACCAGUUAAUACCACUAUUAUUCAAAUUUAUGCAGCAAUCACUAAGGCCAAAGAUGAAGAAAUUGAAGAUUUUUAUCAGCUUCUGCAGUCCGAAAUUGAUCAAACAUGCAAUCAGGAUGCAUCGAUAAUUACUAGUGAUUGGAAUGCAAAAGUCAGAAACAAAGAAGAAGGAUUGGUAGUUGAAAAAUAUGGCCUUGGUGGGAAACAAUGCCUGAGAUCAAAUGAUCAAUUUUGCAAGACCAGCAACUUCUUCAUUGCAAAUAUCUUUUUUCACCAACAUAAACAGUGACUAUACAGAUGGAACACACAGGAAUCAAAUCGACUACAUCUGUGGAAAGAGACAAUGGAAAAGCUCAAUAUUAUCAGUCAGAAUAAGGCCAGGGGCCGACUGUGGAACAGACCAUCAAUUGCUCAUAUGCAGGUUCAAGCUGAAACUGAAGAAAAUCAGAGCAAGCCCACAACAGCCAAAACACUACCUUGAGUAUCCCCCACCUGAUUUGAGAGAUCAUCUCAAGAAUAGAUUUAGUUCGUUGAACACUAAUGGCUGAAGACCAGAUGAGUUGUGGAAUGACAUCAAGGACAUCAUACAUGAAGAGAGCAAGAGGUCACUGAAAAGACAGGAAAGAAAGGCAAGACCAAGAUGGAUGUCAGAGGAGACUCUGACACUUGCUCUUGAACGUCGACCAGCUAAAGCAAAGGAAGAGAUGAUGAAAUAAAAGAACUGAACAGAAGUUUUCAAAGGGCUCCUCGAGAAAACAAAGUAUUAUAAUGACAUAUGCAAAGAGGUGGAGGUAGAAAACCAAAAGGGAAGAACAUGCUUGGUGUUUCUCAAGCUGAAAGAACUGAAGAAAAAAUUCAAGCCUUGAGUUGCAAUAGUGAAGGAUUCUAUGGGGAAAAUACUAAACGAUGCAGGAAGCAUCAAAAGAAGAUGGAAGGAAUACACAGAGUCAUUAUACCAAAAAGAAUUAGUCAAUGUUCAACCAUUUCAAGAGGUGGCAUAUGAUCAGGAGCCAAUGGUACUGAAGGAAGAAAUCCAAGCUGCUCUGAAGGCAUUGGCAAAAAAUAAGGCUUCAGGAAUUGAUGGAAUAUCAAUUGAAAUGUUUCAACAAACAGAUGCAGCACUGGAGGCGCUCACUUAUCUAUGCCAAGAAAUAUGGAAGACAGCUUCCUGGCCAACUGACUGGAAGAGAUCCAUAUUUAUGCCUAUCCCCAAGAAAGGUGAUCCAACAGAUUGCAGAAAUUAUAGAACAAUAUCAUUAAUAUCACACUCAAGCAAAAUUUUGCUGAAGAUCAUCCAAAAGCGGCUGCAGCAGUAUGUCGACAGGGAACUGCAAGAAAUUCAGGCCAGUUUCAGAAGACGACAUGGAACCAGGGAUAACAUUACUGAUGUCAGAUGGAUCCUGGCUGAAAGCAGAGAAUACCAGAAGGAUGUUUACCUGUGUUUUAUUGAUUGUGCAAAGGCAUUCGACUGUGUGGAUCAUAAAUUAUGGAUAACAUUGUGAAGAAUGGGAAUUCCAGAAUACUUAAUUAUGCUCAUGAGGAACCUGUACAUAGAUCAAGAUGCAGUUGUUCAGACAGAACAAGGGGACACUGAGUGGUUUAUGGUCAGGAAAGGUGUGUGUCAGGGUUGUGUCCUUUCACCAUACUUAUUCAAUCUGUAUGCUGAGCAAAUAAUCCGAGAAGCUGGACUAUAUGAAGAAGAAUGGGCAACGGGAUCAGAGGAAGGCUCAUUAACAACCUGUGAUAUGCAGAUAACACAACCUUCCUUGCUGAAAGUGAAGAGGACUUGAAGCACUUACUAAUGAAGAUCAAAGACCACAGCCUUCAGUAUGGAUUACACCUCAACAUAAAAAAAAAAACCUCAACAUAAAGAAAACAAAAAUCCUCACAACUGGACCAAUUAGCAACAUCAGGAUAAAUGGAGAAAAGACUGAAGUUGUCAAGGAUUUCGUUUUACUUGGAUCCACAAUCAACAGCCAUGGAAGCAACAGUCAAGAAAUCAAAAGAUGCACUGCAUUGGGCAAAUCUGCUGCCAAGGACCUCUAUAGGGGUUUGAAAAGCAAGGUUGUAACCCUGAAGACGAAGGUGCACCUGAUCCAAACCAUGGUAUUUUCAAUCGCAUCAUAUGCAUGUGAAAGCUGGACAAUGAAUAAGGAAGAGUGAAGAACUGGGCCUUUGAAUUGUGGUGUUGGCCAAGAACAUUGAAUAUACUAUGGACUGCCAAAUGAAUGAGCA